AUGAACGAUAAUUAUAUUUUGCUUUAUGGAGGUGUAUCGGGUUGCUUUUCUGAAAUAGUAGGAAAUUUAUCAAAUUUCUGGUAAUAUACAGGACAUUAUCAUUCAGCUAAUCCAUUUUUAUGUUCAAGUGGAUUGUUUAAAGAUUGGGAUUAGAAAAUGAAGUAAUUUAGCAAAUUAUAGAUAGUUUUAUUCAAAAUAGAUUUCUAAAUAAACACGAGUUCAAAAGACUAAUAAAAUAACUUUUACAUGAUGUAAAGUGGAACUCAUUAACAUGGUGUUUAAGAUUUUAUAUAAAGGAAAGGUCUUAUAGAAAUAUCGUUAAAGAAAAUUCAAAUGGUAUAUAGCCUGUCAGGUAUUUUACAAAUAAAUAAGUUUAUUUCUGCAUUCUUUUGUAUUUGGUAGCGCUGCUCAACUUUGCUGCUCAUCUUUAUUUUCAAUACGGAACUUUCUUAGGAGUGAAUAAUUUUUUAGUUUCUAACAAGUCUCUAUUAGAGUAAUAUAAUUUGGAACAUUAUUUGGGUAAAACUAAUUUAUGAUUUAAUUAGAAUUUAUGACAUGCUUAAGGGUAUAAUGAUGAAGUAGGAUUAAAAAAAAAUGCUAUUAAUUUAAACUUAUUGAUUGCUUAAUUUUCGAGUAUAAUGGCUUGCUUUUCAGAUUCUUUAUUUUAUUAUUUUAUUAACAGCUCCUCAAGAUUUUAUUUUUUUUAUGGAGAACGAAUUCUGGUUUCUAAAAAUGGGGUGGCUCUAUUUCUUUUUGAUUGGCUUUCUUCAAAAAAUGAGUAAGAAUGA